GCGUGACCAGGCUGCGUGCGCGGCUGGACUCGGCUAUGGGUUCGGUGCAGGCCGCAGGCUCGGUGCGCGCGCGCUACCUUGUGUACUUCCAGUACGUGGGCACCGACUUUAACGGGGUCGCGGCCGUCAGGGGCACUCAGCGCGCCAUCGGGGUCCAGAACUACCUGGAGGAGGCCGCCGAGCGGCUGAAUUCCGUGGUGCCGGUCAGGUUCACCAUCUCCAGCCGCACGGACGCAGGGGUCCACGCUCUGAGCAACGCGGCGCAUCUGGACGUCCAGCGCCGCUCAGGCCGGCCGCCCUUCCCGCCCGAGGUCCUGGCCGAGGCCCUCAACACCCACCUGCGGCACCCGGCCAUCAGGGUCCUGCGGGCCUUCCGAGUGCCCAGCGACUUCCACGCUCGCCACGCAGCCACGUCCCGGACCUACCUGUACCGCCUGGUCACUGGCUGUCACCGGCCUGCUGAGCUGCCGGUGUUUGAACGCAACCUAUGCUGGACUCUCCAGGCAGACUCCCUGGAUGUGGCCGCCAUGCAAGAAGCUGCCCAGCACCUCCUCGGCACACAUGACUUCAGCGCGUUCCAGUCGGCCGGCAGCCCGGUGCCAAGCCCUGUGCGAACGCUGCGCCGUGUCUCCGUGUCCCCAGGCCAGGCCAGCCCCUUGGUCACCCCCGAGGAGGGCAGGAAGCUGCGGUUCUGGAGCCUGGAGUUUGAGAGUCAGUCCUUCCUGUAUAGACAGGUGGGCUCGGUUCUGGGGCCCUCCCUGGGGGCUGGGGCUGAGGGUGGGCAGGCCUCUGUGCAAUCUCGGCCCUGGAUCACAGGUACGGAGGAUGACCGCUGUGCUGGUGGCCGUGGGGCUGGGGGCUUUGGCACCUGCCCAGGUGAAGACGAUUCUGGAGAGCCGAGACCCCCUGGGGAAGCACCAGGCACGUGUGGCCCCGGCCCACGGCUUAUUCCUCAAGUCAGUGCUGUAUGGGAGCCUCGGUGCUGCCUCCUGCACCCUGCAGGGGCCACAGUUUGGGAGCCACAGAUGACCCCGGACACUCGGCAAAGUCAGGCCACACCAGGCCCAACCCUGUGCUGCUCAAGCAGGGCAGUCAGCCACUUGGGGCCCAUAGCACUGCUGCCCAGCCUCCACAGCAGCCUCCCUGCCCAGGUCCCACCAGCCUGGAUGCUCCUCUGUAUCGUAGGCGGGAUGGGAUGCAGUGCAGGACACAGCCAUGUACACCGAGAAGAAGGUACCAAGUAGCCUUUCGUUCAGCUUUUACUGGAAACUGCUGUCUGGGACUCCCUGCCCUAACCAUCGUUUGGGGGCCCAGGAGCAGGAAUAAAGGCAAGACAGCCUGG